UGGACGAAACUAACAAAGAAGACGAAGUAUGGCGGAAAAAUGACGAUUUGAACCCUUUUUUGGUUCCUUUCUUGUUUAUUUUCCGUGGUGUGGUGCUGAGUGGCCACCCUCCUUUAAUUUUUACCCAGCAAGAACACUAUCUAGAUGAGGAAAGUCAGAGAUGAUGGUGUAAGCAAAUAACGUUGGCCUUCUCAUGGCUUCCGAGAUGACGACCACUUCAGGAGAAGAGAAGAAGCUGGUAGAUGAGAAAAGAUAUGCCAUCGUUACCAAGGAAUCCAUUAGAAUGGUAGCAGAAGCCACGGGAAUCUCGGAUCUCCCAGAUGAUGUGGCAGCAGUACUUGGCGAAGAUGUCAGCUACAGACUUCGAGAGAUAACAAUGUGUUGUACUCAGUUCAUGAAGCAUGCUAAACGGCGAAGACUGACUACAGAAGAUUUCAAUAAAGCUUUGAGGCAAAGCGAUAUACAGCCGGUGUUUGGUCAUGGAUCGAUGGAACCAAGCCAGUUCCGACAGACACGGGAGGGAGAGCUUCAUUUUGUUGAAGAUCUUGACACAAACUUCUCUAAUAUCGUAUUUAACAGUUAUGUUCCAAAAAAUCUGGGGAAAACAUCAAUAAAAGCUCAGUGGCUGGCUGUGGAAGGAACCCAGAAGACAACUUCUAGUCAGCAGGGAUCAGGAAAACUCAACAUUAAAAAAGAAAUUAGCGAAGACCAGCUUUUGUAUUACAACAAUAUAACAAAGUCCAUUAUCAGUGGAGAUGAGAAAACUGUGAAGGUGGCUCUUUCUGAUCUUCAGACUAACCCAAAUGUAACUCCCUUGCUGUCCUAUUUCAUCAACUUCAUUGCCAAUGGGGUCCGAGCCAUCAGCCAUGACCUGAACCAGAUGAUCUCAUUACUGCACACAGCAAGUGCACUCAUAAGCAAUACGUAUCUCAACUUUGAGCCACAGCCUUAUCUAAAUGUACUAGUCCAAGGUGUCGUGUACUGUGUGCUUGAGCCACUGGCUGCAUCAAUUAAUCCACGCAAUGACCACUGGGUAUUACGGGACUAUGCAGCAUGUCUUUUAGCUAAAAUAGUCAAUAAGUGGGACAGUCCCGUGAACCACCUGAGGUACAACACAAUCAAGUCCCUGAAAGAUGCUUUGUAUGAUCUCACCAAACCUCACUGUUCUCACUACGGAGCUGUCAUGGCUCUGCUUGCGCUGGGAUGCCAGGUAGUAAAAGAUAUAGUUGUUCCUCACCUUGCAGUCAUUAUGCCUCAUUUGAGUGCUGUGAUGGAAGAUAACUCUUUACCUAAUGCUGUGGCAAAAGCUGAUGCCUACAAAGUACAUGGAGCUUUGCUGCUGGCAGCAGAGCUGUUGUUAAAACAAAGUAUUCACGAGUUUGAAUCUAAGUUUAUUCCUGAUGAGGAUGUCGGUGAAUGUGUGCUAGAAACUUUGCAAAUAAACAGUAGCAACAAUUCAGAUGAACUCCCUGGGCUGCUGGACAAAUCUCCCAGUGAUUUCUAUAAGGAACUCCAUGAGUAUUUUGGUGACAGUUUAUCUGUGAAACUGCCAAUAAUGGAUGUGUCUAAAGUCUUCAAACCUGUCAAGACGAAGGAGAAGAUAAAUCUGUCAGAUCCUGAAGGAUCAAAGACAGGUGAACAGCUUCUAGAAGAUUUUAUGGAACAGGUUCGAAUUCAGCAGAAACUUGAUGAGGAAAGGCGUGAAAGGGAAGAGAAAGAAAGAAUAGAGAGAGAAAGACUUGAGAAAAUUAGACAGGAACAGGAGAGAUUGGAACGACUGAAGCGAGAAGAAGAAGAAAAGAAACGUAAAGAAGAAGAAAGAAAGCGAAGAGAGAUGGAAGAAAAGCUUAGACGUCAAGAAGAAGAAAUGAUGAAAAGAAAGAUUGAAGAACACCGUAGAAAAAAGGAGGAACACCAAAGGAGGAAAGAGAAAGAAUUGCUGGCUCGAAAGGUUGCAGAAGAAAAGAGGAAAGCUGAAGAAGAAAAGAGAAAGGCCGAGUUAGAACUGAAAAGAGCAGCAGAAAAAGCACAAAGAGCUGCAGUAAAGCUGGCCAGAAAGGAACAGAGGAAAGUGAAAGCCCUGCAUACUGAUGAAGAAGUGAGUGAGGAGGAGGAGGAUCAGGAAGAAGAGAAGGAGGAGAUGGAGGAACAGGAGAAGGACCAGCCCAUUGAAGAGGAUGAUGAUGAGGAUGAGGAUGAAUCACUCAAUUGGGAAGAUGAAGAACAGGCGAGACUCCUGGAGGAAGAACAGCAAAGACUCAUCAGAGAGCAGCAGAGAGUGUUUCUUGAGGAACAAGAAAGAGAAAAACGAUUAGCAGAACUUGAAAGAUUGGAAGCUGAACGAAUCCGCAAGGAAGAGGAAGAGAGACAGCGACUGGAGCAGGAGCAGCAGAAGAGACGAUACGAGGAACAGAGAAAGCUGGGUGAGGAAACGAUCAUGCGACGUCGCAGACUGUCUCGACAGGAAGGCUUUUACCGCGAAGACAGCGACAGUGAUAGUGAAGUCAAACCUAGGCAUUCUCGGAUGAUGCAUUUGCCAGUUGAUACCAAGGAGAAACUUCUUGAGAAAAGUGUGGUGGAAGUAGAAAGUGAAACCCCUGCUGUGGCAGACAUAACCAGUACAAUAGCUGACCCAGCCAAAGGGAUCAAGUUAAAAAUCAAACUACAGCCUCGUGUAAAGCUUCAGCUUUCACAGGAUAAAAGUUCAGGGAGUAAAGAAAAAAUAUGGGAUAAAUCUUUGGAUAAGCAUAAAGACUCGAAGCAGAGACACAAGCGGAAGCAUUCUGGUAGAAGUCCCAAAAGCUUUGACCCAUUUGAAUUUGACAAGUCUGACCCUGAGGAGAAUCGGGGCACGAGAAUGAGUUUGACUCCUUUACAUAUAUAUUCUCCAAGUGGUGAAAGUAGUGGGUCAGACAGCACAGUAAAGAAGUCAAAAUUGACUUUAAAAUUAAAGGUGCCUUCGAAAGAGACAAUGUCUGAAUAAAUUUCUAUUUCUUAUACAUUUUGUUGCAGACUAUUUUUAAUACUGAAAUGCAUAAAUAGAUUGUCGUCUG